AUGCAAGCUCUCUUUAUGGUGGAGUGGCACCCCACUCUUCUAGAUAUCCCUACCCAGACUAAGUUUGAUUACACAGUGACUGACCUCAAUGGAAACCCCCGACCUCCCUCACCCGAUGAUGAGCAAUACAAAAAGACGGUAUUUAAGGGUGGUGCAAUUGCAGGACAGCUGACCACAGUCGGGAUGCAGCAGAUGUUUGCCCUGGGGCAAAGGUUAAGGAGACGCUACGUGGAAGAAGCCAACUUCCUCUCACCCACGUUUAAGCCUGCGGAGGUCUUUGUCCGUUCCACUAAUAUUUUCCGGAAUCUGGAGUCCACACGGUGCCUGCUAGCUGGACUGUACCAACAACAGAAAGAAGCAUUCUGCUGGCGCCCAGCUUGGAUCUGUUGCCAUCAGUGCUGCAGUUUCAGAUCAACUGAGGAGGACCUGUCGUCAUCGUCACCGAUGAAGCAAGCUCUGAAAUCCUCUACCCCAAUUACCAGAACUGCCAGCGCCUGAAGUGCUUGA